AUGUCAGAGACAGCCGGUGAUAAGUUCAAGUCGGUUAUCGACAAUAUCAAGGUCAUCAAGGCGAAAUACGUAACAAAUCCAAUGUUGUCGUCAACGGUUAUCAGUGUGGUGUUCCUGGCGGGAAUGGCGAUGGCUUGUUUGAUCUCCGUAUUGCCUACUGUUCUACUUUCGUUUCUGUCCGACAAACGUCAUAUCGCAUCGACAGUAUCACAACAUGACACAUCAGUUAUGUUACGUGUUCGGCAACACAUCCUACCGCCAAGUCCAGAGAUAAUGAAGGAAGCCAUACAAGCUAUGAACUUAGCUUUGGACAUGGAGGCACAAGGCAAACAUGAAAAGGCCACACGACUUUACGAACAUGCACUCAAAUUGGAUCCUUCCCAUGCAGACAUACUGACCACUUAUGGAGAAUUUCUGGAAAAACAUGAAAAAAAUAUUGUGAAAGCAGAACAUUUAUACAGAAUGGCCUUGGAAAUAUGUCCAGAACAUACCAAAGCUCUUUCAAACAGGGAGAGAAUUCUCCCUCUUGUUGAAGAAAUUGACCUUGCCAAUUUUAAAAGAAUUGAUAAAAAAUUAGAAGCAUUUAUUAGAGUGCCUCUUCAUCAUCCUGGUUUAAGGAGAGCUAAAAAGGAGGCUUAUUUUUCUCAUAUUUAUCACACUAAUGCCAUCGAAGGCAACACUUUAACUUUGUUACAAACUCGAGCCAUUGUGGAGACUAGGCUGGCAGUUGGAGGAAAGUCCCUAGUGGAACAAAACGAAGUCUUGGGGUUAGAUGCUGCACUGAAGUACAUUAACAACACUUUAUGUGGACGUGUUGGUGAAAUCAGACUUGAGGAUAUUCUAGAAAUUCACAAAAGAGUUUUGGGAUAUGUCGAUCCAACCGAAGCUGGAAGGAUACGUCUAACACAGGUGUUUGUUGGGGAUUUUCAACCCCCAGCUCCAGCAGAGGUUCCAAAACUGAUGGAUGAAUUUAUCAUUUGGUUGAAUGCUGAGGAGGCAAUAAAGCUUCACCCGAUAGAAUAUGCAGCAUUAGCGCAUUUUAAGCUGGUCAUUAUACAUCCAUUUUAUGAUGGAAAUGGACGGACUUCUCGCUUAUUAAUGAAUCUUAUACUCAUGCAGGCUGGCUAUCCCCCAGUCUCAAUAAAAUUUGAAGACAGAUUAAAGUAUUAUGAAACUCUAGAAACGGCCAAUAAUGGCGAUGUGAGACCAUUUAUAAGAUUUGUGGCAGAGUGUACAGAACGGACGUUGGAUGAAUAUAUUUUAGCAACAAGUGAAAAUCCCAGUGCUUUAGGGUUAAAUACAUCUGAAAAUGUGAUCCCUUUUGGUGAUAUAUGAUAAUGUGUUUAAUGUAUAUGUUGUUAUUUAUUUAUUUAUUUAAAUUUUUGUGACAUUUUGUUGAAUUUUACAUGUCAGUAUGAUAAAUAUAUCAAAGAUGAUUUUUAAAAUGUGAGAGCGUUAUGUGAAUCAAUAAAAUUUAUGUGGAUUCAAACCAUAUAACUCUGUGAUAUCUAGUGGCAUUACUCCCUGUUAUACAGUAAUUGUGUUUUGUCUUUCUCAAAGCUAAUGAUGGAUGAGGUAAAUUUUCAGAUCUUAUAAUACAUAAUAUCAAUACAAAAAUUAUGCAUCAUUAGGUUGCAUCAUUUUAUUUAUCAAACAAAUUAAUAAGGUUAAAUAUU